AUGGCGGCAGUCGCAUCAACCUCAGCCGCAGCUUCAUCCUCCACCUCACGCCUCGAGCCGCUGCUCCUCGUAGCUCGAUCAACAAAACCACGUGGUGCAGCCGCUGCUAACCUCAUCCAUCAAGCUAUCUCUGCUCCUGGUGUGUUUUUCUUCGGCGAGCUGUUCGAUGUACCUGGUGUUGCCGAGCUCUCAGCCUCCACAGAUGCACAGCUCGGUACAGCCUAUCAGCUCCUCUGUCUAUUCGCAUACGGCACAUACGGCGACUACACACAUCUACUUCAGUUCGCAUCCUUCCCCAAUGUGUCAAGAGAUCAAGUGCAAAAGCUUCGACAGCUCACACUGCUCUCUCUAGCGUGUCAGAACAAAGCGCUCCCGUACACGACGCUGUCCGAAUCACUCGGCAUCUCAGGCACCGACGGUAGGGAGUUGGAAGAUCUCAUCAUCGAAACCAUCUACGCCGGUCUCAUCUCCGGCAAGCUCAACGAGCUUCAAUCGCGGUUCGAAGUACACCACGUUCAAGGUCGUGACGUACCACACCCCUCUCUCCCCUCCCAACCUGCACUUUCUUCCCUCCCUUCCCUCUCAUCCGGUGCUAUGCAGAUGGAUUCCAUCUUUGCAUCGCUUUCAACUUGGCAAUCGACCACAACUUCCGUGCUGGAAAGCCUCCAGUCACGUAUGGAGGGCACACGAUCAAGCGCAGCCGAAACAGCACACCAGAAUCAACAACACCACCAAGCACUGCUCCAAAAUCUCAUCGAGUCCCAACGCCAACUCGAAGCUCAACAGCAGCAACAGCACGGGAAGAAGGGAAAAGGCGCGGCGAAUGCAAUGGACGUCGAUGAGUCCGAUGGCUCCAGAGCCGCUGCCAGGAAGAAGCAGGCAGCCGGCGUUCGGGGCAGCAAGCGAUCUCGUGCUUGA